AAAUUCGGUCGCAAAAUGUUGCACAAAAUAAUUUAUCUAGUCUUUAUAAUAAACACUUUAACUUCGGUUUCUUAUGGAAUACACGUCUCUGAAUUUAAUGAGACUAAAUUAUUUCAUUCAAUGAAUUCACAAAUAUCUGAGCUGAGAGCGGAGCAGAAACAUCACGAUAAGUUGAUUGAAGGAAUAUUCAAGGCAUUGGAUCUUCAAUUACUUAAAGACGAACAGGAAAGACAAGGAAAACUCAUAGACGGACUGGUUAAGGCAACAGAUGUUCAAAGUCUGAAGGCGGAACUGGAAAAACUAAAGAAAGAUGGAGUUGAGAAGCAGUCAGAUAUAGAACUUUUUAAAGAGCAGCUGGAACAACAGAAAACAGACGGAGUUAAAAGGGAGUCAAGCAUUCAACUCCUCAAAACAGAGCUGGAGCAACUGAAAACAGAUGGCGUUGAUAAAGAAUCGAAAAUUCACUUUCUUGCAGCGGAGCUGGAGCGUCAGGGAAAAUUAAUAGGUGAUCUUAACAUGCAAUUAAAUAAUCAAUCUCUUAGGGAACAUGAACGACAAGAAAAGCUGAUUGAUGCACUUAUUGAGAAAUCUUACCCCCGUUGUACCGUCGCCAAGUCCAGUGGGAUUCACGAAAUACUCAUCACCAACUUUAGCAGUCAACCUUUCAAAGUUUCCUGCGAUGCAGAAACUCAAGGGGGAGGUUGGACAAUUAUCCUGAGGAGGAUGGAUGGAACUAUUGACUUCUAUCGCAACUGGGCUGCAUACAAAGAGGGAUUUGGAGAUUUGAAUGGCGAGUUCUUCUUGGGAUUGGAUAAAAUACACGCAUUGACGGAAGAAAGGAACCAGGAAUUACUUGUUGUCUUAGAGGACAACAAGGGAAAUGCAGCUAUUGAGAUGUAUGACAAGUUUGCAAUCGGCGACGAGGAUCAACAAUAUGUCUUACACACUCUGGGAAGUGCGACUGGAGAUGCGGGUGAUUCACUCUCUUAUCAUGGUGGCAUGAAAUUUACCACCAAAGAUCGAGAUAAUGAUAAUCAUGAGUCGCAAAAUUGCGCCGUAAACUACACUGGCGCCUGGUGGUACAAUUGGUGUCACGACAGCAACUUGGCAGGGAAGUACAAUGAUAACAGCUAUGCCAAGGGCGUCAGUUGGAACACUUUUAAGGGUGAUGGGCACUCCCUCAAAAAAGCAGUCAUGAUGAUUCGGCCAAAGAAGUAAAUUCUAAAACUAUACAAUGUUUGAAAUCUGCUCACCGUUAUAUUAAAAUGUAUAUUGCGAUACCUCAAAACAUAUUCUAUUAAACAUGUUUGUAGAUAGUUUAA